AUGGAAGGCUGGACACCUGAUCCCGCAGGACUCCAGGAAAUCCUCCAAACAAUACACGAUUCCACCAGCACCCAAAAUAAGGUCCAGGAGGCGAUCACUCAUAAACUAAAUGCAUUUACGCGUGUUCCCGACUACAUCGCCUAUCUUUCAUAUAUCCUCACCUCGAUGCCCCAGGAAGAUGAGAGAAUACGAACGAUAGCCGGCUACCUCCUCAAGAACAACUCCCGUCUCAUCCUGUCCGCAUCCCCUGCCGUCGUCAGCUUUUCAAAAUCGGCCGUCCUCCGCGCAUUUCUGGACACCCCAACGAUCCGUAAUGCCGCGGGACAGGACAUUGUCGCUUUUCUAGGCGUACUUGAGCCCAGAAAUUGGCCAGAGUGCUUACAGCAGCUCGUCAACAUGCUCGAUUCCCCCGAUGUUCAGCUCCAGGAGGCCGCAUUCAGUGUUUUUGAGCGCGCCUGCGAGGAUUAUCCACGAAAGCUGGACGUUGAGAUCAACGGCACACGCCCUUUGGACUACGUCAUCCCUAAAUUCCUCAUGCUCUCCGAGCACCAGAACGCUAAGAUGCGAUCACACGCCGUCGCCUGUCUCUCCUACUUCGUCCCCAUCGGGUGCCAGUCCCUCUUCACUCACAUCGACGCCUUCAUUGCUUGUCUGUUCAAGCGGGCUUCCGACGAGGACCCCGGCGUCCGGCGGCACGUGUGCCAGGCUCUCGUCCUACUCCUUGCCGCGCGGCCUGAGAAGCUCAUGCCGGAAAUGGCCAACGUGGCCGAGUACAUGUUGUAUUCGACGAAGGACAAGAACGAGAGCGUGGCGCUCGAAGCCUGCGAGUUCUGGCUCACGUUCGCCGAGGACCCGGACCUUGCCCAGUAUCUCCUUCCCCUCCUUCCCCGCGUCGCUCCUGUUCUCCUUGACUGCAUGAUCUAUGGAGAGGACGAUUUGCUGUGGUUGGAAGGCGACACGGAGGACACGAGCGUUCCCGACAAGGAGCAGGACAUCAAGCCUCGCCACUACGGUGGCAAGUCGCACGGCUUCGAGCGCGAUCCCGGCGAGAGCCAGGCUAACGGAGAGGAGGCGAAGCGCGGCGCAUAUGGCGAGGAGAAAAUCGACGACGACGAAGAAGAUGAAGAGGAUUACCUGGAUGACGACGAGUUCGCUGACGAGAUGUCGACGGAGUGGAACCUCCGCAAGUGUGCUGCUGCUGCUCUCGACGUGCUCGCGGUGAGGUUCGGGGCGAGUCUGAUGAACGUUUUGCUCGAGCCGCUCAAGGUGAAGCUGUGGAGCUCGGAGUGGUUGGAGAGGGAGAGCGGGAUUUUGGCUUUGGGCUGCAUCGAUGCUAUUGAGCCCCAUCUCAGCACUCUCAUUCCCUAUCUCAUCAACACGCUCAAUGACCCCAAGCCCCUCGUGCGCUCAAUCACAUGCUGGACGCUUGGACGCUACGCUAGUUGGUGCACACAACCCAUCUCUGAUGAUCACAAGAACCAGUUCUUCGUGCCGACCAUGGAAGGACUGCUUCGCAUGGUCCUAGACGACAACAAGCGCGUUCAAGAAGCUGGUUGUAGUGCCUUUGCGACUCUCGAGGAAGACGCUGGCCCCGAGCUCGUGCCGUACCUGGAGCCUGUCCUCCGUAACUUGGUCUUCGCCUUCGAAAAGUACCAGCACAAGAACAUGCUCAUUCUCUACGAUGCUGUUGGCACUCUCGCUGAUUCAGUUGGACGUGCACUGUCAAACCCCGCUUAUGUGGACAUCUUAAUGCCGCCUCUCACACAGCGGUGGUCGAAGUUACAAGAUGACGACGACGACCUUAUCCCACUCCUCGAAUGCCUGGCCUCAGUCACCAUCGCGAUGGGUGCUGCGUUCCUUCCCUACGCCGGUCCGGUCUUCCAGCGUUGCACAAACAUCGUCCACCAUGCUUUGCUCCAGUAUCAGGCCUACCAACAGAACUCUGACCUCGACGAGCCCGACAAGUCUUUCCUUGUCGUCUCGCUCGAUCUCCUCUCGGGCCUCGCCCAAGGUCUGGGCUCGAACCUUGACACACUCGUCAAUCAGACGCAGCCCAGUCUGCUCCAGCUUCUCACGGUGUGCUUGAAGCACCCUCAGGCGCCUGUAAGGCAGUCAGCGUACGCACUGGUCGGCGAUCUCGCGAUGGGAUGCUUCGGGCUCCUGCGCCCGCAUCUCCCGGCCAUCAUGAACGAACUGAUUCUCCAGCUUGAUCCUGAGCCAAAGGUCGAGUUCAUCAGCGCGUGCAACAAUGCUGCGUGGUCUGUGGGAGAAGUCGCUCUGCGUUAUGGCCGAGACGACCCCGAGUUCCAACAAUGGGUCAACCCCUUGAUCUCGCGCUUGAUCCCCAUCUUGUUGCACCCCAAGGCGCCGCGUAGUCUACACGAGAAUGCGGCCGUGUCCAUCGGCCGUAUCGGUCUGAUGCACCCCGACCUGGUGUCCCUUCAUCUCCCCGAGUUCGCGUCGGCGUGGUGCCAGGCUCUUUACGAGAUCAGGGAUAACGAGGAGAAGGACUCGGCCUUCCGCGGGCUCUGCACGCUCGUGCAGAAGAACCCUGCUGGUGUCGCCAAGAGUCUCCUCUGGUUCUGCAACGCGAUCAUCCGCUGGAACCACCCCUCGGCGGAGCUCAACGCGAUGUUCCAGCAGCUGCUUACCGGGUUCAAGAACCACGAUGCGGACGGAUGGACCGCCCAGGUCCAGACGUUCCCACCCAUCAUUCAGGAGCGCCUUGCUGCUCGUUACGGUGUUUAG